AUGAAUGUUGCAGAAUUAUUAAAUAAUCGUGUAAAGGAGGUAGCCCUCUUCUCAAACUUACUGUUUCGAAAGCGACCCCGCACAGAUGGGAAUAGUGAUAUCUCUUCUGCAGGGGAGCGAACUGUCCUACGCUACCGCCGUCCCUCUUCAGCGAAUAUUCCACUCUUAGAUGUGGUGCGAUCUGCAAGAACACGUCUGAAACGUGUGCGGCGGUUUACGCGACUGACGGCGGAUGAGGAAUUGACGUCUUCUUCUAUGGAGAGUGGAAAGGAAAGUGUAGGUAUAAAGAAAAAACGUUUCUUAACAUAUCCGCAAUGGUGUUUAUUACUGAGACGACGACGACGACUUGCAUGGAGGCGACGACCGACCGCAUGUCGUCGGAAUAGACGGCGGCUUCUAGAACUUCGUUUUGGAAAGUUACAAUACCCAUUAUGUAACUGUAAUGUAGUUUCUAAUAAUACAAGUAGUGUUAUUGCUAGUGAUACUUCAGACGAUUGGAGAAAUCUAUUAACUAGAAAGAGACGAACUGUAGUUUUGUGGCUACCAUCACAUCAGCAACUCUGCCGUAGAUUUCAUUAUCGAGUGGUUAAGAGACGCAUUGACGGGUGUGCAGCAUCUAUUGAUAAUAUUCCUCACCCUGUCACUAUACGAAUUGCGGUACCUGUUAAGAGCCAACGAAAACAACAUCGUGUUUUGCAACGAUGGGCUGCAAGAUUACCGACAGUUCAGUCAAGUUUAAACCCUCUUCGACGACCUGUAUGUAAACCAACAGCUAUUCCACCACCCAUGUGUUUUCUCACUGAACGUUCUCACUUAUGUGUAUGGAUGAUUGAGUCUUUGGGAACAGAUUCUAACAUUUCUGCAACUUCCGUGAUGGAUGCUUUAAUGAUGCGUACAAACGGAACUCCUUCUGUUGCAUUAAACACAAAAUCUCUUUUUAAAGAAGCCCAGACUUCAUUUUUACCACACAAAACAUGGAAAAGAGGAAACAAUAAUGUUUUCUAUGGUCAUAUGUGGUUCGCAUCUCAUUUAGAGAAGGAUGAUGUUUACACAACAACAAUGUUACAUGAUAGAUCCGAUGUCUCUGAAAAUGAAGCACUUAUUGUUCCUGUUGUACUUGUACAGAGUAUUCUUGAUAGUGGAAUGAGGUAUUACUUAAUAGCUUCAGCACCAGUAUAUAUUUGUUCUCGUGCACGUCGUCAAUUUAAUAUUCAACUUGUUUCACAUUGGAAUCCUUGUGGAAUAUCAAAGGCUAUUUGCUCUGUGUUUGAAGUAUGGUGUUGUGCAGAUGCUGUACGUGCACAGGAGAAUAAUAAAAUUUUACAAGAUGAUAAUAAUGAGUCAUUAGUUUUGAAAUGGGUACAACGUCGUGUAGAUGCUGCUGUAAUGAAAUGGCUUACUAGUGCCCAAAGUAUCUCACAUACUCAAAGUAAAGGAGAAAAAAUAAUUACGCCGUUAUUGUUGCCAAUAACAAAAACAACAUCUAUCUUUGUAUUUCCUUCACUUGCACCAAAUAUUGAAACUGUGAAUUACACUGUAUUUCCUAUACAUCAGUGCGCUAUGACGAUUCUCGUAUUAUCUAAUCUUCCUACUCCUUCUCCACGCUGUAAUAAAAAGUGCCGUGUUGAACUAACCUCUUUAAGAGAAACUCGUAAGCGUCACUUUCAGCUUUCUAGGCAUAUUUUCGCCUCCCUCUCUACCGUGAAUAUAGCCAGUAGUAGUAGAAGUAGUAGUAGUACUACGACUACCACGACUAGUAAAACUAGUUCCUGUAGGAAAAAAUCUCUUAGCGAUGACAAAACUGAUUUGUUUUUUGCAAACUGUAAAAAAUUAGGAUAUACACAAUCGGUACGAAUUAUUGGUGAAGAUGAAAGAGAAGCAUUACUGCGCCUUAUUGGAUGUCCAGCAUUUACUGAUAUUGGUGGUAGUAACCCGUCCUUUAAGAAUUCUCGAAGAGCCAGGCUGCUUUGUUCACCAUCUAAUGCACAUCAACGUGUUUUAAUUAAAUUUGUAAUGAAAGGGGGUCGAAAGCAUCAAUGUAGUGGGAGUGCGUUGCUCCUUCUAAAUAAGGGAAUACCUGCAAUACUAACACACAUUGGAAUAAUUACAUCAGAACCAUUCUUUUCGAUGCGUUUUGGUUGCCGUCUGGCGUAUGCCUGGGUAUGGGAACAAACAGGAUGGGAACUGAUACAGCACUACUUGGGCAAUACUGAAGCUCAAACACUGCAUUAUAAUUCCAGUAAAGAGAAGGUAAUAGAAGAGAUAACUACAUCUGUUGAGAAGAAGGCUAAUAUGAGCUUUUUUGUAUGUGCACUCUCAAAGCUUGAUACUCUUUUACCAUUUUUAAGUGGUUCUCCGACACACGUUCCUGGCUGCUCUUUAACAACCUCCCAAAGGAAAAAGAAACAACAAUACACAAAAACAAAGGGAACAGUUUCAACUAGUUCUCUUUCGGUAAAUAAAACUAAUUGGCAGGUUGUUGAGAAAGCCCUUAGCUGUCAUCUUUGCGACGAAGAUACUUGCUAUCCUGUAGAUGUGAUUCGUGUCGGUAUCAAAGCAAGUACGACACAUCAUUCUACUCACAUCUUCAACGAGAAUGAAGAAAAUCUACCCUAA